AUGGGCGACGGAUUAAAGAUAACAAAAGAUAAGCGCCAUAGGAGCUCUAGUAGCCUCGCUGGUGGCACCGUAGAAGGAACGCGGUCUGAAAGAAGAUUAGACAUUCGGGCAUCGAUACCCGAAGUUGAUGACCAAUUUGUCUUAGCGCAAGCAAGGUGUGAUGAUUUACAGGAGAAAAUUGAUAAUGUGAAAGAGUCACAAGGUGCCUUAAGACGAUUUGAGCUUCCGAAUCCGACCAGGGGCUAUUUGGAUCCAGCGACAAUAGAACAGCACCAGAUGGUAGGACAAGUCCGAGGGUACAGUCAAUUGUUUCGACAACCACAAGUUAAAAGUAAUGCAGCAAGAAAAUCGCCGAAACCGCAUUCAAUAACACAUGGACAUCCGGAAGGUGAUGCAUACGAAGUAGAUUCUUCAACUGGCAGAGCGGAACCGCAGGAGGUGGCUUGCGGUGAUGAUGAAGUUAUCACGGACACCAUAAUCCCGAACGACACUCGUCAAUACUACGAUAAUUACACGGGAAACGUAAACGUCAAAAAAAAGAAGGCUAAGGAAAGGGAUCAAAAGAAACUAUUUGGUGCCCGGCGUCGAAAUAAAGACUCGUUGUCCAAAGAAAAUGUUCCAAACCAACACUAUGGAAUGUAUGACAUGAUGGCUGAUUAUACGCGAGGAACCAAUAAUCGAUCUCCGAACCCGGGACGUCGUCAUACAGUACCGCAAAGUACAGGACUUCAUCAAGGUGAAGAACGACCUGUUGUCGAGCUGUUUAAUAAGAGUCGCGACAGUACUUCGCCGGACUCGUGGCAACGACAGCCAUACCAAAGGAUUGCGCCGAAUAAUAUGGAUUGUGAACAGAAAAUUGAGGCAAACGAAGUUGAAUCUAUUGAACAAGAAGAACGAGACGACCCUAAAAAGGAGAGGUCUGAAAAUCGAAAGUUACAACGCCGUUUGAAGUUCCGAGGUCGUCAUUACGAGCUGCCAACUGUAGCUUCGCAAAUGAAACAGACGGGACAACGCUAUGGUUACGAGAAAGGCCCCAUGUCCUGUAUUCCUUUCAUCGGGAGUAAGAGCACGGCACCAUCUCACAACAUCGGCGUCAAUGUUCAACAGGUAUUGAACGGUAUAAAGGUGCAGCAGCCGUUGUCUAGAAUCCCCUUAACCAUGGCACACCAUAUGGGACUGGACAACGUCUCGUCGCGGUCAAAGAUUACACCCCAGAACAAACUGGUCUUAAACACGAUUCGUUUGGGCAAUCGCGUCGUGCGUCUGCCGUCUUACAAGAGACUUUUAAUGUCGUACACUCGUGUUCUUCACAUGUAUAGAGAGGGCGAUGGUCUUGUCUCGCGCUUUCUUCGCUCGACUGUACGUUGCAAUUAUACAUACCCAACGAUGGCUGGUGUACCCACCAACAGAGAUGACGCGACCUCCAAAGCACACAGCGAGUCCCAGGAUGCGAAAUCGGCUCUGGAACUCUACGCUCAACUAUAUCACGAUUACGAGAAUAUAUUAAGACAACUAAAGGAAGAACCAGAUAACAGUGAACUGGAGUAUCGCAAGAAGAUGAUGGAGAAGGAACUGAAUAGUCACGCGAAACACAUUGGAAAGGUAAUCGGCGAGCGUAAGAAGUACUUGGUGGAUCACCUCAACGAAUUGGCUGAGAAUGAAGAAGACCUGCAGGCGUCCACAUCCGCCUACCCCGCCCCCCGCCAGUGA